GGAGCAGCAAAGAAAAAUGAGGGACAGCCUCUACUAAAAAUAGCGAGGACAAGCAAGGACAACACCAUCUUUGUUUUAGUUUGCCAUCAUACAAUUAAUAGUAGUCUAUCAACCAUGGAACCUGACGGGUCUCGCGCUGAUCAAGAAUACCAAGAUGAAGGAGCCUUACAAGAAGAUGUACCGGUAGGUGCUGGAACAGGGGUAUCUUCAGGAGGUGUGGGAGCAAGAGCCUCCAUUCCCGUGGCUUCUGCUACCCCCAUUGCCACUCAGACCAAUGCGGCUCACAAGACUGCAGAUGAUGAUGCGGAUGAAGCCCCUCUGGUUUCUGUCCUGCUAGUACCAGAGUCUGAUGAAUCUGAAAAAGAUGAAAAAGACGAUGAAGAAGAAGAGCAGCAAGAAGAUGGGAAUCAGACCAUUCAGAAUAAGGUUAGGGUCAAUUUUGCCAAAGUCAAAAGAGAUCCUGAGGAAAGACAUGGACUAGCUAAGCAUGGACUAGCUAAGCCAAAGGAGGAAACUAGCAAUCAUAUGAGUACUGAAGUGGAUAGCAGCAAUGGAUCUGUUCUGUCAGUCCCUGAUUCCCCAGCUGGAGAUCUUUGGACUCCUAGCUUGAUUCACCUCAAGAUUGAUGCUGUCAGUGACGAACUUUCUCCCUCCCAUGCAGCAGCUGCAGCUAUAGUACCAGUACCAGUACCAAUGCCUACACCAGCACUAACACCAGCACUAACACCAGGCACCAAAUCGCCCAAGAGUAUUGCAGAGGAACCACAGGAUAGCGCGGAUAGCAUGGGCAAUGGCGAUGAAGCUAGCAAACAGGGAAAUGGUCCUCCAUCACCUGAUAAACUACCAGAACCACCACUGGUGCCCACGCCACCUCAGGAUGGAAAUCAUGACACACCACCACCACCGCCAACCACAAACGCACUCACCACGACUACUAAUGCAUCCACCAGUAUCCACAGAAGCACCAUGAGCAUCAACGACAACAGCACCCACAAUCACAACAAUGACGAAACACCACCACCACAAGACAAUAUCAGAUGUGCUUGCCAGGCAUCCAAGAGAACUUGUCGGGCUCUCACGGUCGCUACUCUCGUCAUUGCGGCAGUAGCAAUCGCUGUCGUUAUUCUAAAUGUGACCGACAGUGCCAUGUCCGUCGCUGACAGUGCUUCCAGGGACAGUUCCAGCGCAAGUUCUAGUACCACCAGUGGCAGCAGUGAUAUCAUUACUCCAGCACCCAUCCUUCCAGCAAAUACAACCACCCAACCAUCAGCACAAGAGAUGACAACCAAGAAUCCUACCACCAGUCCCACCGGUACUAGUACCGGUGGUCCUACCACCAUCCCGUCAUUUUCGCCAUCGAUAAAGCCAACUACAGGUUCGGGAAGACCCUCCAAUGACCCAACAGCAGACCCAACCGUUCAUCCAUCGCCAAACCCAUCCAUCAACCAUACUUUCCGUCCUUUUGUUACUAGUGGUCCCAGCAGCGACCCAUCAUCAUCAUCAUCAUCAUCAUUACCACCAUCGGCAGGAAUUCCAACACAAACGCCAACAAAUGGCACAACCAUGUCGCCAACAUCCGCGCCAUCCACGACGAACCCAACGCAAAGGCCCACCAAAGAACCAACACCAGAUCCAACCCUUCCUCCAUCCACCAUCAUACCCAUACCCUUGGCUACCCGCAGCCCAACGUCCAUGCCAUCCACGCUUCCACCAACGCAAAGGCCCACCAAUCGCCCAACACCACGACCAUCCACAUCCCCCCCAACCAAAAAGCCAACGUUAAGGCCAACCACUCCUAACCCAACACCACGGCCUACCAAUCGCCCAACACCCCGGCCAUCAUUACGGCCCACUAACCGACCAACAUCACGGCCAACAUUGAGGCCCACCAACCCACCAACAACAGGACCUCCGACCACAAUCAAUCCCACCACAAGACCUCCAACAAACAAUAAUUCACCCACAGCAAUGCCAACCAAUGAAACAACUAUUCUCAGUCCUAGUCCCACUCCACAGCAGCCACUCAUUACAAGUAUUCCAACCACAGCCACAACAGAAACAGUUGAACUGUUUGGAACAACCUACUACGUCGCAAACACCACAGGAAUUGAUAGGGCAGAUGUUGAUCUCAUGGGAACCAUUCCCACUCAGAUUGGAUUGUUGACUCGGCUGCAUCGGUUGAGCUUCUCGUCCAAUGACUUGAGCGGAAGCCUUCCAUCGGAAAUUGGCAUGUUGACUGGGUUGGUUUUCUUCAGUUUGAGUCGGAAUAACCUCAGCGGUAGCCUGCCGACCGAGAUAGGCUUGCUGACUCGAUUGGAAACCUUGACCUUGUCCCGGAAUAGUUUCAGCGGGAUCAUACCAUCUGAGAUUGGGGCGUGGACGGCACUUGCCGAGUUAAACUUUCAUGUCAACAACUUUAGCGGGAGCAUUCCCUCGGAGGUCGGAUUGUUGACUGCAAUGACAGAGUUGAACCUGUACGUCAAUGGCUUGAACGGACACAUCCCAUCGGAGAUAGGCUUGUUGACUGGAUUCACCAUGUUGAACUUGUGGCAAAAUAGCUUGAGUGGAAGCCUGCCGGAAGAGCUUGGGUUCUUGACUGGAUUGGUUUAUUUGAGCGUGUUGCAGAAUACCUUGAACGGAAAUAUUCCACCAGAGCUCGGAUUGUUGGCGGGUUUAACUACCUUGAGCUUGUCUGCAAAUAGCUUGAGCGGGAACGUUCCAUCCGAGAUAGGACUUUUGACCGGAUUGACUACGUUGGGGUUGAAUGACAACCAGUUGUUGGGUAGUGUUCCGGCCAAUCUGUGUUCCAGCCCAAGCUUAACUUCGAUAACUGUUGACUGUGAUCCAGACCCUUUUCCUGUGGCAUGCACCUGCAAUGCAUGUGGAUGUGGCUAAGCAUAUUUUCAAUGGCAAUGAACGUUACAGCAUAAAUAUGUGACAAUUUAUAAAGCUCUAUCGAUGCAUUCUUUUUUAAGGUUGUAGUACCACGACUUCCGAC